GUAACACGAUGUUUUUUUUGAUAAUUAAUUAUCAAAAAAAUUAGGACAUCUAGUAAAAUAUAUAGGGAUGAGAGAGAGAACAAUAUACGUGUGUGUUUACGUUGCAUCAGCGAGGUCGAAUGAUCUUAUUGCUCGCGCAACGACCUUCGCCUGCCGCGAAAAACGCGCAGAAAGGCGAGAACCAUGGCGGCGGUACUAUUGGCGAAAUUGUGCUUUCGCUGUGUCGUACGCUUUUCCGACCGAGAGUAUAUGCGCUGAAGGGAAGAAGCUGACAGAAAUUGAUCGGCAAGAAAAAUGAACCACUGCAGUGAAUCUAGCAAUGACAUGGAUGAAGGCGAUGAGGAGGCGUCUUCUUUGCAAGAUGGAACAAACAUUGAGGAUGCCUUAACGUCUUUCAGGGAACAGUGGCAGCGAGAAUUGACAAUAUCACCCAAGCGUGAUGUAUCGAAGACAUAUUCACCAAAACAGCCUAGCAUUGAAGUUGCAAAUGAUGAAGCCUCUAUUGAAAGCAGGGCGAAGAAUUUAUUUCUCAAAGGUAUUGAACAUGAACAGAGCAGAAAGUUUUACGAGGCAAUCCAGUUUUAUAAGCGUGCAGUACAACUGGUUCCUGACAUUGAAGUCCGCUUGUACGAAUCGACUAAAGCAAAAACAAGAGACAGAUUUGAUUCCGAUGACAACCUUGAUACAUUAGACAAUGAUUUCUCAACUAGCAAUGACAGCAAAAAUCAUAACGAAGCUGAUGAAAAAGAAACUGACUUGUUUUUGAAAUUGUCUAAAAUUGUAAAUCGCAAUCAAUGUGUAUGUUUUCCGAAAUUUGAACAAAGUACAACGCAUAUAUGUGCUUUACCAAUGGAGAUAGUACUCUACAUUCUAAGAUGGGUUGUGUCUUCUGAUCUAGAUUUCCGGUCUUUAGAAAUGUUUUCAAGAGUAUGCCGUGGAUUUUACAUAUCUGCGCGAGAUGCAGAAAUCUGGCGAUUGGCGUGCGUUAGAGUAUGGGGUAUGAAUUGUGGUACUUGCGAGCCAAAGUACCAAUCAUGGAGGGAUAUGUACUUGCAACGGCCUAGAUUAAGAUACAACGGAUGUUACAUUAAUAAAACAAGUUAUAUUCGCGAUGGAGAAAAUAAUUUUCAAGAUCGUUUUUAUAGACCGUGGCAUCUCGUUGAGUAUUUCCGGUACCUGAGAUUUUUUCCUGAAGGAAGAGUUUUAAUGUUGACAUCAACUGAUGAGGCUCAAAAUUGCGUAAAUUUUUUACGUAACCGCAUACCACGCAACACAUCAGUUUUGAUUGGUCACUAUAGAUUACAUGAUAAUUAUGUUACGCUAGUGUUGAAAAGACAAGAAGCUAAAGGAAUUAAUUUCGCCUACAGAAGAAAAAAAAGAGAGGCAGUGCAUGAUAGCGGAGAACAAACGUUCCACAUUGAAUUCGAGAUACAGAAUCAUCAUAGAAGAGUGAAUUCACAAUUAAAAUGGAUCAGUUAUAGUAUUUUCACAAAAUAUAAAAACGGACAAGAAGCAAAGAUUUGUUUGAAGGAACCAUCUGUAAGAGAAUUCAGAGCUUCGCCAAUCGGCGGAAGAUAUCCACCUCUUAAAUUCAGCAGGGUAAAGAGUUACACUCAGGAAAGCGAAGCUCCAUUGCAAUAAUGAGAGCAGCAACAAAUAAGUAGUGUGAACCAUAAAAGUACAACCUUGAAAUAUUCUUGCAGAAAAGAAAUAGUGAGUUGCAGUAAAUAGUAUAAACAUGCAUGAAUAAACAUGCGAAAAUCUAAUUUCAAUUAAAUAUAUAUUGGCACAUAUUACUGUCAAUCAUUGAUUAGACAUAAUAUAUAUUUUCGAAGAUAUUUUAUUUCUCUUGUAUCGCGUUGUAUUCUCUACAACGGUUUCUAUUAAUACAUUAUACAACCUGUAAAUCACAACUACUUUUUUUAAGUAUGUUAGUUAUGUCGAUAACAACGCAUUUUCAAUCACAUGGAGAUGUAAAUAAAUUAUUUAUUUAUCUAAUAUAUAAUUAUUUCAUAAUGAAUUGUGUGUACAUUUAAGAACCUAAAAAAAUAUGUAAUAUUCAAAAAUGCAAUUAUAGGUUUUCUGUUAAUA